AUGCACCCUACAGCCAUUAAAGCCAAUAUUGUUUGUAGAUCUGGAAUUAUUGAGCUACCAGAAGCUCGUGUAAAUGCCAAAGUGAACCUAGAUGGGACAAAGGAGCUGAGCUCUAAUGCUUCACUUGGAAGCCAUUCAAGAGAUAAGGGAAUAACAGGGCAAACACAGGUGCAAACAGGGGAGGUGGCGAUUGGUGAAAUUCCUAUUGCUAACAAAUCGAGAUCUAGCGGUGAAACUUCAAAAGAGCUGGUGGAUGUUAAUGUGUUGCCAAAAGACAAGCAAAGCCCGGAAAAGACUCAACCUAACCUGCCAGAGGCCCAGCAAAAACAUCCCGGACCUAGAGCACCUUGGAACCAGGUUGACACUCAAGUCACAGAAAUCAUAGUGAAUCAAGUUGCCUCUUCCCAAUUGGACAUUGGGAGGAUUACACCUAGGAACAAAUUUCCAAACAUGAGUCUAGAGGGAGGCGAAAUCAUUGUGGACCUAGCUGCUGAAGCUCAUCCUAGUAACUCAAUAUGCAAUGACGUGACUAAGGAGAAGGAAAAAACAAAUGGAAAUAAACAUCCACUGGGAAACAAAAAGAAGAAAGUGAAAAAGAAAGCCCAUGAGAUGGGGAAAUCUAAGGUGACUGAGCACCUAAUUCUUAGGACAGUACUCCUCCCUCAAUGA